AUGCUACACUUCUCGAAAUCAAUCCUAUGGCUGAAGAUAUCAGCGGAGAUGGUACGAUACCUUUGCAAUUUGAUUUUUACCCUUCUGUAUGUUUUUGGAUUUCCUAUAGUUUACUGUAUGGAUUGCAAGUUGUUUGUGGAUGCAAAUGCGGAGUUUCGUCAAAAAGACUUAUUUGCAUUGAAAGAAGCAAAGCAGGCUGAUCCGCUUGAGGCUCGCGCUCAUGCUGUAAACAUCAAUUAUAUUCACUUAGAUGGGAAUAUUGGAUGUAUGGUGAAUGGUGCCGGAUUGGCCAUGGCUACUAUGGACAUUAUCAAACUUUAUGGUGGAGAACCUGCAAAUUUUCUCGAUGUUGGAGGUGGUGCCAGCACUGAACAAGUGAUGGAAGCAUUCAAAAUUAUUACGGAGGAUAAGAAAAAGGUAAAGUCGAGUUUUCUUGUGAUCUGA